GCGUGGUAUUGUUUCGUCCAGCAACACUGUACAUAUCUGAAAAUCCUCACUCUUCUUCCUUUGGAUACAGUUGAGGGCAGCUAGUGGUGUGUGUCUGGUAGCUGCCACAUAACCAGCAAGUCGUCAUGGCUGUUGUAAUUCACGUCCUCGACCUCUUCCUCUUAGUGUCGUCCGCCAUGCCGAUUCCUUUUCCCAGCAGUUCUGGCGUUAAUAUGGAGGAAAUGAGUUUGACGUUGAAGAGGAUGCAGCAGUCACUCUCUCAGCAGGCGUGGGCACUAUACCAGAUGCUUGACCUCUCCCGCAAGUACCACAUAUGUGCCCAAGAGCCAUGCUGUCCUCCUCCCUUCGCCAGGGUGAUAGACGAGUGCUUCUACCUGAGUCUCAAUAACCUGACCUGGCAACAGGCCCGUCAACACUGCCGCGGCAUGGACGGUCUUCUCGCCAAACCCAAACGUGUUUUCGCCCUCAAGUCCUUCCUUAUGGGAAAAGCAGGUCCAAAUACGGUGUUUUUGGGCGGUCAACAACAUGACGGAAUCUGGACCUGGGUGGACGGGAGCUCCAUCAAUCCCAGUGCGUGGACCGAGGGCUACCCAAGCAACUGGACAACCCAAGAAAAUCAGUGCAUCGUGAUGAAACAAGACAACCACCCACCCCUCAGUACUCAACCCUGCUCUGCCGUCAAACAGUUCAUCUGCCAGCACCCAGGAAUUCAAGAAAAGGUUAAAACAUCUGGGUAAUUCAAUAAAUGCCACCUUCUUUCAUCCCAUUACAGAUAUUGUCUUCUACUUAACAUGCUUCAGUGAUAUACACAACCUAUGAACUAAGUGAUUCAUGUAGACAAACUUAUCCAUAAUUAAGAAGGUUGAUAAACUGUGACUUGAGUUUGUUUGUAGUCAGUUUUCUGCAGUGAUUUAAUAAAGAUGUGAAAAGCUGUGAAAAUAAUACCCUGUCGAAAAGUGUUUUAAAGUGUAUGGCAAAGAUAUAUGGCACCUUUGUCGGGGUAUAAUGUAGCUCUAAUGAGGAAGGUGUGUGUGUGUGUGUGUGUGUGUGUGUGUGUGUGUGCAUAUGAGGCCUAUAAACCUAUAGGGCCUAUAAGGAGUGGUACUUGCCAGGAGACCGUCCCACUUAAAAGGAAUUUGCUUGUAGUUAUUUAGAGUCCCGUUGUGAUC